AAGCCUUUAUAACUGCUCUGCCCGGCCCAGGCGGGACCUGCGUCCCGAGAAGUGCCCAGCAGCCAGGGGUCGCACGCUCCGCUCUCCCUUCCCACGCGCGAGUCGCGAGUUCUCGGUUCACCCCACCCCCGCGCCGCGGCGCUCAGUUGUAGGAGCAAACACAAUGUCUGCCCCUAAAGGCUGCCGCUCAAACCUGGAUCCCAGGUACUACAGACUGUGUGACCUGGCUGAAGGCUGGGGCAUCGCCCUGGAAACACUGGCCGCAGUGGGGGCUGUGGCCACAGUGGCCUUCAUGUUUUCCCUUUUGAUCCUCAUCUGCAAAGUGCAGGACUCCAACAGGCGAAAGGUGCUCCCCACCCAGUUCCUCUUCCUCCUGGGGGUGCUGGGGGUCUUUGGCCUCACCUUCGCCUUCAUCAUCAAGCUGGAUGGGGCCACAGGACCCACGCGCUUCUUCCUCUUCGGAGUCCUCUUCGCUGUCUGCUUCUCUUGCCUCCUGGCACACGCUGUCGACUUGAUCAAGCUGGUCCGAGGGAGGAAGCCCCUGUCGUGGCUUGUGAUCCUAAGCCUGGCAGUGGGCUUCAGCCUAGUCCAGGACAUCAUUGCCAUUGAAUACCUGGUCCUCACCAUGAACAGGACCAAUGUCGAUGUCUUUUCCGAACUGCCCGCCCCUCGGCGCAAUGAGGACUUCGUCAUGCUGCUAAUCUACGUGCUCCUCUUGAUGGCGCUGACCUUCUUGGCAUCCCUCUUCGUUUUCUGUGGAUCCUUCUCUGGCUGGAAGAGACACGGGGCCCACAUUUGCUUAACCUCAUUUGUCUCCAUUGCCAUCUGGGUGGCCUGGAUCAUCCUGCUCCUGAUUUCCGACCUGGGCCCUGAGUGGGACGACACGAUUCUUUGCACGGCCUUGGUUGCCAAUGGUUGGGCUUUCUUGGUGUUCUACGUCUUCCCUGAGUUUCUACUGCUCCCAAGGCAACGAAGCCCCACAGAUUACCCAGUUGAAGAUGCUUUCUGUAAACCUCAACUCAUGAAGCAGAGCUAUGGUGUAGAGAACAGGGCCUACUCCCAAGAGGAAAUCACCCAAGGUCUUGAGACAGGGAACACACUCUAUGCACCUUAUUCCACUCAUUUUCAGCUGCAGAACCGAAGUCCUCCGAAGGAUUUCUCUAUUCCGAGGGCCCAGGCCCCGGCCAGUCCAUACAAUGACUAUGAGGGACGGAAAACGGACAGCUAACUGUUGAGAAGAGUCAGGCAACAGGCCCAGCCAGGAGUCCUGCCGAUGUGAACUGAACCCUGGAGCAUCCUAGGGGACUGCACACGACAGGCUUGCUCCCUACUGGCCUUCUGUCUGGGGCUGCUGCUCCUAACAGACUGCUUGUUCAUGUGUUCCCGUGUCUCCCUUUAUCCCAUUCUUAGGACUUCUUGGAGGUGGGAGUCUUGGGCCACUCGGGCUGAGACUCUUACCUCUCCCAUGAAUGUGAGCAAACAUCUGCUCAUCUAACUCCUCACUGACUUGUCCGUCUUCGGAAACCAAUUCACCUAACCCAGGGUGGGUUCCACGAGGAUCACUUGGCACAGAGCAGAACUGCAGUUUGCACAAACCCAGAAAGGUGUGGGUGUCCACCCUGUCCAUAUCAGUCUACACUGGAAGCUAACCUGGACCUGCCCCCCAUGUCUUCCUGCCUGGGUAGGAGAGGCUAAGGUCACCACGUGUCUACUUUCAGUACACUGCCCCACAGUGGCCUGAGCGGUAUGGACACUGAUUUACAAAGGCAUAUCACCUCCAGACUUGCUGCCAACCCCAAACCUCCGAGAACUUUGCCAGGAGCUCUUCUGGACAUUACUGGCGUGGACAAGGCCUGUUUCUUCUUGCCAGGAGAACUUGGGCUUUGUGAUUGCCAUAAAUUCCUGACAUGGGCUCCUCCCCCCUUCUUGUUCCCCAGCCUCAGUAAUAGAUCUAUCCUGAGUUCACCUCAAACUCUGUAAGUGGGCAGUGUUUAUUCUUGGGGAGGGAUGCAUUUGUUGUGUGAUAAGUUAUUCACUUGGGUAUGCAAUAAAGAUGUGAUGACAACUA